CAUUUUCGAAAGAGAAAGUAAACUUAGAAUCAUUACAUCACCACCUCGUGGUGUUUACUCCGUGGGCGUUAGCUGGACGAAGGCGAAGACUGAAAAAGAAACAAUGCCCAUUAAGUGUACGGUUUGUCAGCAUGAAUGUUUGAAUGAACACGGACUCAAAAUACACUUUUCAAUAAAGCACAAGGAGGAUCAUGCAGGAAAACACAAGAUCUGUGAUACUGGCAAACAGUAUUGUUCUGGAAUGACCGAAAAUCGUGUGACCAAACCCAGGGAAGUUGAUGAUGCUAAGCAUCGACAAAGACCAUCGACUAUAGGAGAAAAUGAUGCAAAACAUCGUCAAAGACGAUCAUUAAUAGGAGAAGAUCAUGAAAGACAUCGUCGAAAACCAUCAAUUUUAGAAAAAAGUGAUGAUAAACAUCGCCGAAGACCACCGACGACAGGUAGGAAAGACGAGCAAACGGACAAAGGUAGUCGGCAACUAAAAUCUAGUUGUACAGAAAAACCUAAAACAGACAAAGAUGAACAAGAUGCCAAAUGUUCCGGUUAUGGAGAGGCAGGUGGAAGCACAAAAGUGAAACAUACCAAGGCAUCGCCAAUAAAAGGUCGUCCUACAUCAAACUGUUCUAGAGAUGUGGGUAAAAGCCAGAAAGACAAAAAGCUUGUUAAGAAGGACCAACAAAGACAGCAAACGCCCAAAGUGUAUCCUGAACAAUUACUUAGAGGAACAAAAGAACAACCAGACACCAGAAGGUUAACUUCAACACCAUCAUACUCGUCCUUACCGUGUCCUGCAAGAGAUGUAAGCAAGUACAUCUCUAUGCUUGAAGGAGGCAUUAAACGUCGAAAAAAAGACAGCGAGGCAAGAAUACCCGGUGUCAAUAAGUUCAUGGAAAGCUUAACUACAGCUUUUGAAAGGCUUCAAGAUGUACCUUUGGAUUUGUUCAAAUCAGGGUCAUACUAUGACAAAACUAAGAUUGACUACGACGAUGAAUUUGAUUUUAUGGUUUAUCCAAGCGCAAAGUUUGAGGCAGUUUUCAUAAACUGCCCCCCAGGAUAUUGUAAGAUAAAGAAAGACCAGACAACCAGCAAGGAUCUUGAUCAGUUGUGUAACAAAGACGGAUACCUUUUUCCUGAACUUUUCAAACAAAAAAUGUUCAGCAUAUUUGACACUUGUAUCACUAGUCUGGAAUUCCGACAAGGAAGGAGAACAGAAAGAAUAGAACGUCAACCGGGAAGCCCGGCUUUUACACUUGAAUUUGACCUUGGAGGAGGAAAUAAAGUAGAUAUUGACCUAGUACCUGCUUUAAGGGUAGAUACCUGGCCAAGAAACUUCAGAGAAAUUCACCCCGAUUGGAUUAAAAAGGAGUAUGCCGAAAGAGCAAUGAAAUGUUUUCAUGUUGUAACAAAGACAUAUCCAACAGAUCACCCUAAUGCCGAUCUUCUAUGGAGGGUUUCCUUCUCACACGCCGAGAAAGAACUUAUACUUCAUGCGAACCAAAAAGACAAUGGCUGCCGAAAAGAGAUUUUCAAGCUGCUGAAAAAAAUAAAAGAAAAUAUCAAAAAUGAAAAUCCUACGAAAAUCGACAAAUUUAGCAGCUAUCAUCUUAAGAUGUUCAUGCUUGGGUUUUAUGAUCGACAUCAAGAUUUCUCCCAGGAAAAUAAGGAACGUUUGUUCAAACAAAGCAUUACAGAGCUUAUCGGCUGUUUAAGAUGCGGAAAAAUCAAAAAUUAUUUCAUUCCAUGUGACAACGUUUUAUUUUUUGUUCCAAACAGUGAAAAAACACUUGUUGCUCACGAAUUAUCUAAAAUACAAGAGAAGUGCUAAACGUAAAAUUUCCGUCAAUUCCUUAUUCUUAAGUGAUAAUUGGAUACAUUUAACUUCAUACAUGUAUGUUAUAAAACCCUUUGAAAAAUUACACACUUUGAUAAAUCAAAGAAGGUUUAAUAUGGAACCGAGGAAACGAUGAUUCAUGAAACACGUUUGAAAAAAA